AAAUAUCUGACCGGAAGUUCAGUUUCAACAUGGCGGAGGACGCAGACGGAAGUGAAUAUUUUGUGAGAGAAAUUGAGAAAAAUGACGGCUGUGUUUUAAGAGUAAAACAGUGCUACUUGGGAGACGUAGGCUGUGUGGUCUGGGAUGCAGCUAUAGUACUAGCUAAAUAUUUAGAGACGAAGCAGUUUCACGAUCCGCCCUCAGGAGUCAACACGUGGGCUGACAGGAGGGUGGUGGAGCUGGGCGCUGGGACGGGAGUUGUUGGUCUGAUGGCAGCAACACUGGGAGCUCAAGUCACUGUGACGGACCUGGAGGAUUUGCAGCCGCUCCUCAGAGUGAACAUCCAGGAAAACCAGGCACUUAUAAGCAGUGGAUCUAUAGCUGCCAAGGUACUAAAAUGGGGCGAGGAUGUGUCUGAGUUCUUGCCUCCUCCACAUUUUGUUCUAAUGGCAGAUUGCAUCUAUUAUGAGCAGUCAAUUGUUCCACUGGUGGAGAGCUUGAAGCUACUUUCUGGUCCAGAGACCUGCAUCAUUUGCUGCUAUGAACAGCGAACUGAAGGCAUCAACCCAAAAGUGGAAAAGCGUUUUUUUGAGUUGCUGCAGCAAAGCUUUAACUGUGAAGAGGUUCCAACAGACAAACAUGACCCAGAGUUUCAAAGUCCAGACAUCCACAUCAUUCACAUCCGGAAGAAAGCUUUUGUAUGAUCAGAUUAUCUUAUUGCUGUAAUUAUGUAGAAAACUCAAUGUAUCAAUGUUUCUUCACUUUUACAUUUAAAAAAAUAAUAUUUGUCUAGCAUGUUACUGAAUACUGGUCAAUCAUUGGAGUAAAACAAUGUGUAAAAAUUAAAAUGUGUGAUGUUAAAGCUAAAUAUUUUGAAAUGUUGUGAAUAUAAGUAGUAUUUAUUUCUGAUAUUAUGAAAAGACCUGCAAGCAUAUAGUUUACUGCAAGAGUCCACUGUGUUUCUGCUGCACUUUGAGAUAAUGACAUAUUCAUUUAACACAGGUGUCAGAGUUGAUUUUACUGGCAAGUGAGGAUUUCCUGUUGUGAUGGAUUUGACGUCUUCAUUCAGACAUUGCACAUUUAAAACACUAGAGGGCAACAGUAGCUCAAAAUCCGCCGAACUGUUAACUGUGUGCACACUUUUAGUCUAUUCAUUACAACUACAAUUUCAUUAUUGAACCCAGGGGUAAGCCUGUUAUCUCAGAUGUGAACAUUAGGGUGUGGUGUUAAUGUUGAAAUUAUAAAGUCAUGGUUAAAAUGUCCACUCUUUUACUUCAUUGUGAAAAUGCCAGUGUUUGUCACUCAUGCGAGGGGGAAUUCCACCCCAAGCCUCCGAUUAGCAGGAAGAUUACAGCUCUUUAUCAGGCAUAAACCAUGAGGUACGCCACACACUCCCACAGGCAUGCAGGGGCCCCUCAGCCUUUCAUGCAACGCUUUGUUUACACAGAGGAGCUGGCUUGUUGUAAGCACGGUCUACUUCAGUGAUCAAACUAAAUAAAAACGUUGAUGGGAUGAGUUUAA